CAAAGUAGCAUAUACCAUUCCUGCAUUCCACAAAAAUCAAAAGCAUAAACAUUGAAUUCUAGGAAAACAGUAACAUUAACAUGUGUGUUUGACUGGCCGAAAUUAAAACACAAGACUGCAGAAACAAAGAAAAGCAUAGAGUAUGUGUUCAAUGUUGAAGGUUUUUGCAGUUAUAGAAUUAGUAUUGCUGAUAGUGUACCCUGGUGCUCAUGGUUUGAGCAGAGAUGAUUUUCCUCCUGGUUUUGUGUUUGGUGCAUCAACUUCAGCUUACCAGGUUGAAGGUGCAGCAAAUGAAGAUGGAAGGAAGCCAAGCAUAUGGGACACCUUCUCCCAAGCUGGAAAUGGGAAUAUGUAUGCUGGUAAUGGAGAUGUUGCUUGUGAUCAAUAUCACAAAUAUAAGGAAGAUGUCCAGCUCAUGGCUGACACGGGCUUAGAGGCCUAUAGAUUUUCCAUAUCAUGGUCAAGGGUUAUUCCAGAUGGAAGAGGGCAAGUGAAUCCCAAGGGGCUUCAGUAUUACAACAACCUUAUUAAUGAACUGAUAAGCCAUGGGAUUGAAGCACAUGUUACAUUACACCAUUGGGACCUACCACAAACACUUGAGGAUGAAUAUGGAGGAUGGGUUAGUCCAAGAAUUGUGAAAGACUUCACAACAUAUGCGGAUGUGUGUUUUAGAGAAUUUGGUGACAGAGUUAGGUAUUGGACUACGGUGAAUGAGGCCAAUGUUUAUGCAGUUUUUGGCUAUGAUGUUGGAAUGUUACCACCUCAGCGGUGUUCUCCCUCCCCUAUAUUUAACUGCUCCAGAGGAAAUUCCACAACUGAGCCAUAUUUGGUAGCCCAUCAUAUGUUGUUAGCACAUGCUUCAGCUGUUAGGUUGUAUAGGAAGAAAUAUCAGGUCAUGCAACAUGGCUUAAUUGGGUUUAAUCUCCUUCCUUUUGGUGUUCUUCCUCAAACAAAUUCUAUUGAAGAUGUAAGGGCUACUCAAAGGGUCCAAGACUUCUCUAUCGGGUGGUUUAUGAAUCCCUUCACAUUUGGAGAUUACCCUGAUAUAAUGAAAAAGAAUGCUGGCUCAAGGCUUCCUUCUUUUACUCAAAAGGAAUCAAAUCUGGUCAGGGGCUCAAUCGACUUCAUUGGAAUAAACUUUUACUACUCAUUUUAUGUUAAAAACAGUCCUGGCAGCCUGCAGAAGGAGGAUAGAGAUUACAUUGCAGAUCUAUCGGUGGAAAUUGAAAGAUUUGUUCCAAAUGAUACUUCUACAUAUGAGGUUCCAAUUACUACCAAGAUUUUCCUUGGGCUGUUAGAGUCACUAAAGAACACUUAUGGCAAUAUUCCAAUUUACAUACACGAAAAUGGCCAACAAACACCUCAUAAUUCAUCAUUAGAUGACUGGCCGAGGGUGAAUUACUUGCAUGAAUACAUAGGAAGUUUGGUUGAUGCACUUAGGAGUGGAUUAAAUGUAAAAGGGUACUUUGUAUGGUCCUUCUUGGAUGCAUUUGAGUUACUGCUUGGAUAUGAAUCAAGUUAUGGCUUAUAUUACGUAGAUAUGAAUGAUCCAAGCUUAAGGAGGAUACCUAAGCUCUCUGCUGAAUGGUACUCAAAUUUUCUGAAAAGGAAGCCUAUGGACCCAAAGAUCACCAAGGAAAUUGAGAAGAAUGCAACUUUGCUUUCACACAAUCUCUCACUGCAUAAUGCCACAUAAAGUAAUCAGGACAAGUUAAAAAUUCAGGACUAGGAUAAGGGGACCAAUAAUUUGCAACUUAGUGCUACCACGCGAAUGAAUAAAAGGACAUUGGUUCAUGAUGUCAAAUCAUAUGAAACAUUUAGAUUUUGAUCAAUGUAACUUCCUGUCCUACUAUAGAAAACAUUCUUGUCGAGUAUUUCAUGAUUGAAAAUCAGACAUCAUGGCACUUGAACUCAAGGGUCUCAUACUUUUUUCUUUUUUAUUUAAUCAGCAAAAAAAUAUAUCUAUUACUAUAGCAAAAGGUACAAGUA